AAGAGAAAAUGUCAUACUUGCUGCCGCAUUUGCACUCGGGCUGGGCCGUCGAUCAGGCAAUUCUCACCGAGGAAGCUCGUGUUGUCAUCAUCCGUUUCGGCCAUGAUUGGGAUGACACUUGUAUGCAGAGGCAAUGUCUGUGCCUUGAUUAAAGAGAACAGCUGAUCUUCAACAGAAGAUGGAUGAAGUGCUGGCUGCUGUAGCAGAGAAAAUAAAGAACUAUGCAGUGAUUUAUGUGGUGGACAUAACAGAGGUGCCUGAUUUCACCACAAUGUAUGAGCUCUAUGAUCCAUGCACGGUCAUGUUCUUUUUUCGGAACAAGCACAUAAUGAUAGACCUUGGUACUGGUAACAACAAUAAAAUCAACUGGGCUCUUAAGAACAAGCAGGAGUUUAUUGACAUUGUCGAGACAGUCUAUCAUGGGGCAAGGAAGGGUCGAGGAUUGGUGAUCUCACCCAAAGACUACUCAACCAAGUAUCGCUACUAAUUUGGUUAGGUGCACUUUCGUUCUUCUGUAGAUUGUAGUGAUCAAAAUUGGGCUUUGUUUCUGUAGUUCAGGUUCAGAGGCUGGGGGUUUUGUAACCUCACAAACUGUUACGAUUGUGGUGCUGUAGUCUCCAUUCAGCCCAUUCUAUAUAUGUAAUUAUUGUAUUUGCUAGUCAAUAAGUCAAGUUAAUCGCAUAGUAUACUUGUUUUAGUUGGCAAAAUUUGUGUACUCUUAUGGAAAUUAAUGUUUCUUUCCUCUCGUUAUGACAUGCCGUAUGGCUGGACAUACUCUUAAGGAGUUUUUUCCUUGUAAACAAAUAAGCAAAUUUCUGAUUCAAAUUACAAGGUUGCAUUGAUUUA